AUUUCAUGACAAGAAGUAUUAAAACAGGCAAAAGGUGAAUGACAGGCAUUUGCUCAGAUCACACUGUGGUAACAGCAUGCCUCUGCCACGGCGCAGAUCUUCCUUCUUGGGCCAGCAGGUCCCACUAACUUCAGCAGAAUGUUUAGGGUCCACCAGUAACAGAGUAACUGCUGGAGAAAUGGCAACUGUACCUAGAGCCUCUGGAGUUUAUGUGAGCACUGUCCCCACUGGUGGAUUCAGUACUCUGGGCACUCGUGUCUCCAGACGUGCCCUAGGAAUCAGUAGUGUGUUCUUGCAGGGAAUACGAAGCAGUUGCCAUGUGCCCCUUAGGCAAGAUAUGGAAAGAAUGAGAAGUUCAUGCUUUGAUAAUCUUAGUUCCAGUUUAGUGGAUUACAUAGGGAAGGUAAGGGCACUUGAUCAUCUUAACACUCAAUUGGAAGACAGCAUCAGAGUUUAUCUUGACAAGAAGGCAUCCAAACUCAGCAACUGGGCCACCAUAAGGGAAGAAUGGGACAGCAUUAACCACCAAGUAAGUGAAGCAAUCCUUAAAAAUGCUAGAUUCAUGCUACAAACAGAAAAUAACCAAGCUGCUGCAGAAGAUUUUAAAAACAGAUAUGAAAAUGAGCAAGCAUUUCGUAAGGCAAUAGAAGAUGAAAUUAAUUCUCUUUAUAAAGUGAUAGAUGAUGCUGUUUUGACUAAAACAGAACUUGAGAAUCAAACAGAGAAUUUGAAAGACGAGCUGGAAAUGCUUUCAAACUGCCAUGAAGAGGAUGUACGGACACUUUAUAAUCAGCUGGCAGGUUCUCAGCUGGAAGACACAGAUGUUCCCAUUGGGACAGGCCUUGAUGACAUACUGGAAGCCAUUAGAACACACUGGGAGAAAGAGAUAGAAAGAAACCGUACUGAAACAAAUGCCUUGAUGUGUGACCAGCCAGCAACUGAACCUGCUAAGCUGACUGAGGAAGAAGAGGCCAUUGAAGCCCUGAGGAAGGAGUUGAAUGAAACUGGAUGCAGAAUGCAGAGCCUUCAAGCUGAAACAGAAUCACUCAGAGCUCUGAAAAGAGGCAUGGAGAAUUCGCUGUAUGAUGCCAAGCACUGGCAUGAUAUUGAGCUGCAGAACCUGGGAUCAGUCAUUACCAAGUUAGAAACAGAGCUGUCAGAAAUACGUGGAGAGGUUCAACAACAGCAAAGGGACAAUGAAAAUCUACUAAGCACCAAAAUGAAGCUAGAAAAGGAAAUUGAAGAAUACCAUAGACUGCUGGAAGGUGAAGCAAGCAGAUUGUAAUGAUGCAGUCCUAGAUUAAAAGAUACUGCAGAACUUGUGUACAAAAUGGAGAGGAUCAUCAUUCCUACAUUUUAACAUUAUCUCUAACUACUAAAAAAUGCUUAAUAGUCUAGUAACACUAAAAGUACAGGAACUGGAAGGUAUUGUCACUGAAAUCCAGUUACUAAAACAAAAAGUUUUGUUUCUGAUUUGCUUGAGGUGGUGUUUGCAAUAAAAUAUUUUGAUCAUUA